AUGAAAACAGUGAAAGAUGGAUUUGUAACUGCACUUCCCCAGCACUACCGUUGGAUUCGUGUGGGUUCGAGUUCUGUUGACCUGGGGUGGGAUGUCGAUGCCUUGCGUGGACUCAGAGCAAACGAAAUGAAUCUAACCGCGUACUACUACACUAACUCUAUCAAUUACGUACAUCGUGCUGUCACUUUCUCGCGUGGCAAACUGACUCUUGACAGGCUGAGGCCCAGCACCUUUUACGAAAUGCUCAUACAGCCCAUGAAAAAUGGGAUACUCAUUCGCACUCACACCGCAAAUCUUAAGACGCUCGCCGAGGGUGAGUUAGUAAAUGCGCAUGUUGUAAGGAAGCAAACUAUCUCCUCACUUUUCAUUGUUUUCGAGCAUACCGGUGUCAUUCGUGUGGCUGCGUAG